AACGGUAACGAUCUCCGUUUUGCAUGCGCGUUGAGUGAAAAUGGCAAACACAGCUUGUUGAAUUUUCGGAAUGCAAAAAUUGUUGAAAAAUUAAUGAAAAUCAACCUUGAUUCGAUCCAAAGUGUGCAUAAGCAAGUUCCGUGUGAUUGGUGUAACUGCUGUGGAUAAUUUUCACGCGAAAAAGAUCAAUUCUUGGUGAAAUCAACUGAUAUUAAUAUUGACAAUUAUGCGCAGUAGAACAGAGCUAGUCACACACCAGCUGGAGGGAUCCGAUUUCGAAGAUGAAUCGGACUUUGAAGACUCCGAGGAAGAUUGGCGGCCGGCUAAAGGGGAACAGAAACCUAAGAAAAUAAAAACUGCUGGCCGCGGUCGAAAGUCUGCGGGAGGUAGCAAAAACGGGGGAAGUGCCAAGCGCGGCCGUAGACAAAGUCGGAAGGUCAAAAAGCAGUCCAGCGACGAGGAGGAGCUCAGUGAUGAGGACGUCUCGGAACCGGAGCCAACGCCUCCGAAAAAAUCGAGGAAAUCGGCCAAAAGAUCGGCGGACAUGAAUGCCUCCUCCGACGCUUACCAGAGUGCUUCCGAGGCUCCCCAGCCGACUGAGACCGUCGUGCUCAAAUCAGAACCAACCACGUCCAUGUACGGCAAUGUUGAUAUUUCACCGGCGCCCAAACCACAGCCACUCCAGCGCAAGGUCGCGACCCCGGUCAAGAGCUUCCCGGACAAGGGCGGUUAUCUGAAUCUGUUCAUCUUCAAGGGCGACCUCAAGGAAGGAAUCGUCAACAGCACUCAGGUGUGUCUGUGGCGGCGAGAUGGAUCGAGCUUGCUGCAGAAAUAUCUUCGAGAUAAAACCGUGCAAUCCGAGUUGCCACAGUUCAACUCAUCGAUGGUGUACUCUUGCUGGGAAGACAAACGAGCCAACGAGUAUUUGGAAGUCAAAGUGCGGUGUCUGGAGCAGUCGAAGCAGAUUCGCGUAGAACUGACCGACGUCGAAGAGUUGGAGGCCAAAUCGAAGGAUGAGUACGACAGCUAUGUGGCGACCUAUGGAACUCCCGUGCCGAGAUCCAGCGCGGCCCAGCAGGACGAUGACGACGACGAAGACUGUGAUGAAGAUGAUAUGGCAGCUGGAGAGGAAGAUGGCGGCGAGGAGUUUGAAGAAGAUGGCGAAAAUGAGGAAGCGGCUCAAGAGGAAUAAGAAAGCAAUCCGGUUUGUAGUGCUGCUGUCUCCCUAUUCUAGCUGUUCUCUAUAUAAGUACUGAUUGUGCUGAAAUCACAUCGAGUAGUAAUGUGUAAUAAUUUGCGAUAGCUCUACUAGCGCAUAACCUAAUUUAAUGGAAUGAAUGUGUGUUUCUUUCUAAGAAAUGAUAAACCAAUUGCGAAAAAUCUUUUUUCCUAUCUCUUUUGUGGGUUCAAAGUAAUUUUAGCAUACCAGUGUAAUCGAUAAAAGUAUUCAUUGUUUUAAAUGGAAAUAUAUCAACUAUCGCAAUAUGCAUAUGAACUAAAUAA